GUCCUCUUGUAUGCAGGCAUGGGUACGUCCUCAGGGAUAGUCGUGUCUCUGUAACACCAGCAUCUAACCAACAGGGGGCAUCUCUCAUUAAUACAGACACCCAAUACAGACGUCUCUCUCAUGUAAACAUCUCUCUAAUGCUGGAAGCUCUCUAACGUAAACCAAAUCUCCCUCUAAUGUUGGCAUUUCUCUCAAAUACAGAUGUAGUUGGUCUCUCUCUAGCACAGACAUCCACAGCUCUCAUACGGACAUCUCUCUAAUACUAAUCUCUCUCUAUUACAGUAUAAUCUCUUUAAUCUGAUGCCACAUUUCACUGUGUUUCUAGGAAUUCUUACUGUUAAUCUUGGUCGAAAAGCUAAUUAUUUUGUGAGGUUCUUAGAAAGAUUUAAGAAGAUUGCGUAUGAAAGUAUCUUAUUGCGAUCCCUAAAAAUCAUGGAAACAGGCAGCCUAGACACAGGAAUGCAAAUUGCCACAAGUCCACUAAAUGCACGGGCAAAUGAAGUUCGAGCAGAGAAAAUGCAAUGGACGUCAUAUUAUAGAAGUCAAAUGAUUUCCAAAAAAGAUUUUGACGUCAUUGCUGCUUUUGAUACUUUGGCCAAAGAAAAAGACUAUGAAAGAAUGAAAUCCAACUCGGAAGAGAUUUUAUCAACAAUAUUUUCACUUCUUGGUCACCUUUCAAAGGAUCUAACAGUUCAAUAUCUAUUAACGUUACUGGAUGAUAUGAUUACAAAUGAUAAAGAAUGUUUUACAUUACUACAAGACUACAAGAAAAAGUCUCAAGCAUCCCCUUGGCAGCAAUUUUUUAAUCUUCUUCAUCGACAAGAUGAAUUCAUCGUUUAUCAGUCUGCACGGAUUAUAGCAAAGCUGGCCUGCUGGGGAAAGACUCGUUUGACUCAUGCUGAAGUCAUCAGCUAUUUUGACUGGUUGAAAGCUCGACUAAGCGCUGCAAAAAACAGGUUUCGUGAAAGUGUGGUGGAGUGUUUUCAGAUCAUGUUGAGGAUUGACGAAUAUCGGUCGACCUUCGUUGAAACUGACGGAGUUACUAGUUUGGUUUUGUUUCUUCUUCGAGAUAAUAUUGGUUUUCAACUGCAGUAUCAAAUUAUAUUUUGCCUUUGGCUGCUAAGUUUUAACCCAGCAAUUGCUCGAGCAAUAAACGAAAACAACGCCGUUGUACCAACACUUGCAGAUAUUCUGCGAGAUACUGGCAAGGAGAAAGUGACUCGUAUUAUUCUUGCAACGCUUCGGAAUCUAUUGGAGAAACCAGAAGAACGAACGAAGGAGGCCGCAAUGGCGAUGAUUCAGUGUAAAUUAAUACCUGUGCUAACAGUUCUUGUGAAUAAAACGUGGGUUGAUGAAGAUAUUCAGGAGGAUGUUGAAUACGUUCAUGAGCAGUUGACGGACAGUGUACAAGAUUUGAGUACAUUUGAUGAAUAUGCGGCCGAGGUCAGGUCAGGAAGACUGGAAUGGAGUCCGGUUCAUAAAUCAGAGAAAUUCUGGCGUGAGAAUUCUCAAAGAUUGAAUGAGAAGAAUUAUGAAUUACUGAAAAUUUUGAAAAGGUUGCUGGACACAUCUCAGGACCCACUAAUACUCUCUGUGUCAGCUCAUGAUAUUGGGGAAUACGUACGCCAUUAUCCCCGGGGGAAAAGUAUUUUAGAAACACUUGGUUGUAAAGAGCUGGUGAUGAGGAGAAUGGCGCAUCAGGAUCCUAACGUGCGAUACGAGGCACUGUUGGCUGUUCAAAAACUUAUGGUGCAUAACUGGGAAUAUUUAGGAAGGCAGUUAAACCACAGCAAUUGAGAAGACGAAAAAACUCGACAACUUUAUAUAUACAACCGUCUGGAAAUUGUAAAAAGAUUACUUCACAACAUAUACAGUUAAUAAGUUGAUAACGAAGAAUUGAUUUUGGAAGUCAAUAGAUU